ACCAGUAAACAUCGCAAGCUAAACAAUAUUUUCAAAUAUUCAAAGUAUUACAACAUUUUAACCUAAACCAAAGUGAAACUCAACCAAUCCUGACUACAAGUUACAAAGUUUUAUCUAAAUUCCUAGCAAGUUCAAUAUUUACUACAAACUACAAAGUUUGUCAAAAUUUAAAGCAUUCAAAAUCUAGUUCUUACUUCAAAAUCUUAUAGGUCUCGCUACAAGCUACAAGACCCUUAGCAACCCAUGAACUUGGGAUCAAACUGAAUCAAGGAACAUUCUUCAGAAUUCAUAGUAAUAACUAAUAAGGAUUCAAAAUCUUCUAGUUUUUGCUGCAAGCUUCAAGACCCUUAGCAAUCCAUGAACUUGGAAUCAAAUUGAAUCAAGGAACAUUCUUCAGAAUUCAAAUUAUAGUUCGUCUCCAGUAGAUCAGGAUAAUAUAUAGAAAGACCAAAUCAGAAUGGAACAAAUUGAUAUAGUGCGCAUUGAGGAGGCCAUUACCUCAUUUACUGUUCGAACGGACAGGACCAGGCGGCCGACAAAUGGCUUACUGAGGCUAAGGCCAGUCCUUUGGCUUGGCAAUUUUCCUUUCAACUGAUGGAACCGGGCAAGAGCGCCGAGAUUCAGUUCUUUGGAGCCAGUGUUCUUCACUCUAAGCUGAGGAAGGAUUGGCAUGAAGUUCCACAGGAGAGUCAAGAGCAACUGAAACAAAAGAUCCUUUACGGGAUUGGGAUUUUUGCCGGAGGGCCGAAGAUCGUCCUGAAUCGACUGUGUAUGUCCCUCGGGGCUUUCAUAGUUCACAUGCUCCUUGAGUCCCGUACUCAGCCCAUCGAGGAGGUGACCAAUACUUUCAUUAAUGAUCAGAUCCCCAACAUUACUCGCGAUGUGCAGAAUGAGAUCUUGGUGGAAAUUCUGGAGGGUAUUCCAGAUGAGGCCCAUUCCGUAGUUUCCAGUGUUAGCCGAGUAAAACUGCACGAUAUGGUCGGUAAAUGCAUUCCAUUCGUUCUUCAGAUAUGCCAUCACAUUGACACUAGAAGAGCUGUUAAGUGCAUCGGCACAUGGAUUCAAAACUAUGGGUUUCCCAUCGAGGGCAGCGUAAGCAUUACACCCAUUCUGUUGCAGGUGGUGCAAAAGUGCUAUUGGCAUCAUGGCAUCAUGUCCGCGGAGGAGAAUGAGUUGGCCGAAUCCGCUUUAAAGACAUUGUCCGCGAUAAUCAUUCAGCCAAGCAACUCUCCCCAGAUGGUGUUUGGACUUAUUCAAAUGUUCCUUGACGGACUGUCUGAAAUAGUUAAAGCGGAAUGGGAGGAAACCAAAAAUGAGAACUUGGAAACGCUUAUAUACUCGUUAUAUGUGUCUUCCCUAGAACAGCACUCAACGUUGCUGAUAAAUGGAAUCACUACCGAUCCGGAUGUCUUCAAUUUAUUGAAACGCAUCGUCCACGAACUUAUGUACUGCACCGAGAAACCCGGGAAUUAUCCCGUGGAAGAGAAGUGCAGCAUCAAGGCUCUGCCCUUCUGGGACAUACUCCAGGAUAAGAUCCGUUCCAUUCCCAGCGGGGACAAAGGCUCCACUGCUUGGAGUUCAUAAAGCCGGUGUACGCCCA